ACCUAUUGAAACGUAGCCAUUAAGGCUAAGACUAUAGUAGUGUACGAUAAGUCGUUUUCACAUAUGUAAUCGAGAAAAUUCCCCAAAUCAAAGUCGGUGCGCAAGUGUCGAAGAAACGAUUCUGUUUUAUUGCGCAAGCGAAAAUAGGGCAGAUCACCACCUUCCGCAUGUCUACCUGCGACCUACUCGCGCGCUCAGGCAGCCGGUUCGUCUCGUGCGGGGCAGAGGCGUUGAAACACACCCACGUGCUUUAGGCUUCGCGAGGACAGCGCUGAACGCAUCGGCACCUCGCGCACGACUCACCUUUCAGCGCCAGGUGUGGGCGCAGCGCGCGUGCUGAGCUCCGCGAGGAUCAACACCGACUCGGGAAGAAUCGGACGCUCAACUAGAUUAUAGUGCAACUUGAAAUAUGCCGCUUGUUUCCGGGUAAAAAGGGACAAACGACCAAAUCCUAGAAUAAAUGGAAGCGACGGACAUGGAGUUGCAGCCUCUUUCAGGACUACCUGGUAACAGUAACACCGCUGGGGAGGAUCAGAUGACCCCAAGAAAUGGAACCUGCUCGAAUCACAACGCAGCAAGCAACACUGAAAACAGCUGUUUACUUCCAACUGUGCAGGUUGAUGGGAGCAGUGGGAAUCGAUGUUCUGAGAAUGACACUGCAGAUGGUGUGCCAGAUAAACAGUCUUUUACGUGUUGGAGAGAGCUGGCCAGAGUGAAAAAGGAGCUGAAUGAGGAAGUGUUCUAUAAACUGAGACUGUGGAUGAUUAUUCUUAUGGUUGUGAUCGUCAUUGCUGUAGUCAUCUUCCUCGCUGUCCUUCUGUGUGCAGUUUACCGUGAGGAUGAGGAUGAGCUGUACGAUCCUUCAUCUUUCGUGGUGCCACAUUUGUUUUCGGGGAAUUUUACAGUUCACAACCAGAGCUUUAUGCUGGAUGCUCCACCUCAGUCUCCUGCAGACCAUACACUGCUCACACAACUCCAGCAGAAGAUUACUGACAUCUACUGCUCCUCCCACGUUCUGAAGCGAUACUUCUCCCGUGCAGAAACCAAGCCGGCAAGGGAUGGCACUGUGGGAUAUGAGCUGCUGUUCUUGAUGCCUGAGGAACACACCCAGCUGGUGCGGUACACGCUAAGCAGAGAGGUGGUGUACAGCGUGUUUUUACAGCAGCUGUUGGAGCAACAUGGGGAGGAUCCUCUUUACAUCCAGCCUUCGUCUCUCAGCAUGCGAGUUAGGAAACAACACUGACCACUGGCCCAAGGCUGAUGUGCAGCACUCAAACGGAGAUGUCUGCUGUUCCUCUGAGUCCUCUGGGGACUUGUGAUGUGCUGAUGGCAUUUUAAACUGGACUUGCAGAAGUUCAUCUUUAGCUUUUCAACUUUUGCCCUUUUCCUGCUGUUAACGGACUCCAGAACAAUGAACACUGCACUCUUGAGAAGCACACAAUGAGGACCACUGUUUAUGUACUUCAGCGGUGGGGCUUGUUCUUGAAUCGGGUAUCAAGUCUGUGAUCUUUUUAGUGCAGACUUUUGAGAUUUUUUUAAAGUGUUUUGAAUGUUUUAUAAAAAUAUUCUUACAAGGAAGACAAGUAAAUAGUUCUACUUUAAAAGAGUCAUGUGUAUUUUUAAUGUAUGAGUAUCAAAUAUUGCUAUCUGUAUGUUGGUUAAAAAUAUUAAACAGUUUUGUACUACUUACAAUUUAACCCUUAUAGGCAUUAUAUUGUGUAUUUCUUUUUCCAAGUAUUUGUAAUGGCCACAAGGUGGCGCUGUUGCCUCGCAGGCUGCCAUAUCCAUAUGCCAUGUUCCUUAACAUUUUAUGCAUUUGCUCUUUGAGAGGUUCAAGGCCAUAUAACGUUCACAGUAUUGCUAGAAAAAUUAUUUAUUAAUUGACACAAAUAUUGUUGAAAUAAAAUGUUGGUGCCAGUAAUCCUGAAUAUAGUUUUGACCAGCAUGCAUUUAAAAUAAUUUUGAUUUCACCCAACCAUAACUCUGAAAGCAGGACCAGGUAUAUAAUAUUUGGCCAAAAUUUAUCAGGGUAAAAUUUUCCCUGCCUGUAAAAGUUCACAUUACACUAAUAGAGCAUUAUGGUCUCUCCCACAUGGGUGACGUAAGCAGCUCUAACACGGUUCUCUGUUCUGUUUAGUCAGUCUUGGAUCAUUCUGUCAGUGCCUAGUUAAGGUGGCAGUCUUACAGAAUCUGAUCAAUUGGCUUUUCAUGCUGUUAAUUACACCAGUGACUUGACCUUUUGAACCCUGCCAAAUUAACAAUGGCUUCUGGUUUGUGUGUCUAGAAAUCGUUAGAAAAAUUACCAUGGGUUACUUUAAAUGAGUCUAUGUACACUCAUCCUGUGAUGGUUCAUACUGCUGAAACUAUAAUAACCCCAGUGCAUAGGACCUGUGUGUGGGAGGACCAGGUGUCUCCUGCACGCUGUGUGUGGGAGGACCGGGCGGCUAGCUAGCAGGAUUCUUCUGUGGUGUAUUUAACCUGGUCUCAGUGUUCUAAUCCACACGUUUUAAAAAAGAGGAAUAUACUGAAGGAUAUUCCACUCUGAGUGUUACUAGUUAGCCCUCCUUUCUUGAUGGUGUUUGAUAUCAGAACAUUUAGUAGACUUUACAGGUUAACAGUUACAUUUCUUCCCAUGCUUUCAACACGAUGGAGCCCUUCUGCGCCAGCUCCGUGUUGAGGUCUGUUAGUAAUCUCUGAACUGCCCUGUUGUUUAACUGUUUCUGCUGAUGUACAAAUAUACGUCCAAACUGCAGUGUGCAGGUCAUGCCCCCACAGGCCUGACCCUAGUCCAAGCGGCCAAUAGUCCUGUUUGUUAGCAGGUACAGAACAAUUAUUCAUAAAAAAUGAAGCUAAAAUUGAUAGAAUCAUUCUUACCAUCAUCUGAAAUAUUGUGUGUGUGCUGGUAUAUCUGUGCUAAACACUACCAUGCUACAAUAAUGCUAAAUGGACAACAUCUUAUCUUUUAUUCUUCUAUUUUGUUUAGAUUUUACUGUGAAAUAACUAAUAGCCCUUGUCAUUAAAGCUGUGUGAAGUCGA